AGAACGCAAAGAAAAAUCCCAAUGAAUAAUUGAAGCGCAGUGAAAUUGCGCUCUCCUCGGGUUUCUCCCGGUAUUGUCCGGCAUUGUCGCCCUAUUAGCGCUAGUGAAAGGUCGCUGGGGUAAAAGUAAGCUGCUCGGGUUAAACGCUCAUUACACGCGAGGUCGAGGGACCGUACCGGCUUUUCAGGGAAACUGUCUAUCGGCGAAGGCCCAGGUGGAGGGCAAUCCGGGACGAUGCCGCACCAGAAGCUCAUCACAGCCGAGAGCGACGUCAGCAUCGAGGUGGACAGCGAUGCCAACCCUGCAGAGAUCCGAGCCAAAGGAGAGAAGGAGAAAACAAGGGAACGUAGAGUCAAGAAAAAGAAGGCAAAGGAAGGGAAGAUGAGAGAUGAGGAAUGGGAAGGAGAGGAGGAGACCCCCAAACGCAGGAAGAACCGCAAGAACGAGAAAACCAAGAAACAGAAAGAGGACAAGAAAGAAGAUGAAGACAGGAAGUCCAGGAGGAAGAAGACCAAGGACCGGCGAGCUAAGAGGGAUGAGGAGAAGGAGAGAGAGAAAGAGAGUAAGGAAGCAAAAGAGAAGGAUGAAAAGAAGGACAAGGACAGAAAAAAGAAGAAAAAGAAGAGAAGAGUGGUGACAUGCUCAGAAUCUGAGGACUCUUCUGAAGAGGACGAGGAGGAAGAGGAGGAAGAGGAGUCAUCUGAGGAAGAAGAGGGAGUGACGCUCUCCCCAGAAGAGCUGGAGGCGCUUAAAGAGGCGGUGGAGGAGAGGAAGAAGACCAUCGCCACGCUAAGAGCCAAACCCUUGCCCAUGAGGAAGAAGCUGGUGACCCUGAGGGAAUCCCAGGAGUUUGUGGAGAAAUAUGAGGGCGCUCUUGGCAUGGGCAAGGGCAGGAAGCUGUACGCUUACAAAGUCAGGAUGGUGAAGAAAUGUAUGAAGUUUCGGAGAGAUUUUGAGAACUUCAGAACUGCCUGCAUUCCCUGGGAAAUGAAAAUAAAGGAGAUUGAAAGCCAUUUUGGCUCCUCGGUUGCCUCUUAUUUCAUCUUCUUGCGCUGGAUGUACGGCAUCAACAUGAUUUUGUUUGGGCUGACCUUUGGCCUUGUCAUGGUGCCUGAGGCACUGAUGGGAAAGCCGUAUGGCAGCAUGCCCAGGAAGACCGUGCCCCGGGCUGAGGAGAACAGCGCCAUGGACUUUGCCGUUCUGUGGGACUUUGGGGGCUAUGCCCAGUACUCUGUCCUGUUCUAUGGGUUCUAUAACAGCCAGCGUGCUAUUGGCUGGCUCAAGUUCCGCAUGCCCCUGUCCUACUUCCUGGUUGGAGUGGGGACUGUGGCCUACAGCUACAUGGUGGUUAUAAGAACCAUGGCACGGAACGCCAAUGAGGAAAUGGGCGGGGACGACACCAGCUUCAACUUCAGCUGGAAGCUGUUUACCAGCUGGGAUUACCUCAUCGGUAACCCGGAAACCGCUGACAACAAGUUCGCCUCCAUCACCACCAGCUUUAAGGAGUCCAUCGUGGAGGAGCAGGAGAGUCACAAGGAUGAGAACAUUCACCUGACCCGCUUCCUGCGGGUGCUGGCCAACUUCCUGGUCCUGUGCUGUCUGGCAGGAAGUGGCUAUCUCAUCUACUUUGUGGUCAGGAGGUCACAGAAGUUUGCCUUGGAGGGCCUGGAGAACCACAGCUGGUGGGAAAGGAACGAGGUAAACAUGGUGAUGUCACUGUUGGGCAUGUUCUGCCCGAUGCUGUUUGACGUGAUCAGCACUCUGGAGAACUACCACCCCCGCAUCGCCCUCCAGUGGCAGCUGGGACGGAUCUUCGCCCUCUUCCUCGGCAACCUCUACACCUUCAUCAUCGCCCUGAUGGAUGAGAUCAACCUCAAGAGACAGGAAGAGGAAGUGGUCAAGUUGAACAUGACUGUUUGGCAGGCCAGUCUGUACAACGGAACGCUGUCGGCCAACAGCACCAUUCCCCCGGUAACCGUGGCCCCUGCCGACGUCCCCAGGGGCCCCUGCUGGGAGACGAUGGUGGGACAGGAGUUUGUUCGGCUCAUCAUAUCGGACACGAUGACCACGUACAUCACGCUGCUGAUCGGGGACUUCCUGCGGGCCGUCUGUGUCCGCUUCCUCAACUACUGCUGGUGCUGGGACCUGGAGUACGGCUUUCCGUCCUACUCAGAGUUUGACGUCAGCGGGAAUGUGCUGGGGCUGAUAUUCAACCAAGGGAUGAUCUGGAUGGGUGCGUUCUACGCCCCCUGCCUGCCGGCGCUGAACGUGCUGCGGCUGCACGUCUCCAUGUACCUGCAGUGCUGGGCCGUCAUGAGCUGCAACGUCCCGCAGGAGAGGGUCUUCAAGGCCUCCGGCUCCAACAACUUCUACAUGGCCAUGCUGCUGGUCAUCCUCUUCCUGUCCACGCUGCCUGCCAUCUAUACCAUCGUCUCCAUACCGCCCUCCUUCGACUGCGGCCCCUUCAGUGGGAAGAACCGCAUGUUCGACGUGAUCCAGGAAACCCUGGAGAACGAUUUUCCUGUAUGGUUCGGAAAGGUGUUCAGCUACGCCUCGAACCCGGGACUGAUCCUCCCUUUCAUUCUGCUCAUGGUUUUAGCCAUUUAUUAUCUGCAGUCCACAUCCAAGACCUACAAGACCGCCAAUGUGGAGCUAAAGAAGAAGCUUCAGGCCCAAAAUGAGGAGAACAAGAAGAAGAACAAGAAGGCUGCCUUAAAGGCCGCGAGUGAGCUGGAUGAAGCAAGAAACGCUGCCUCCUGUAGGCAGGAGGAGAACAAUGCAUCACUGGACAAUAGAGCCCCGCCCUCCCGUGGCCCCGCCACCAGGCCGCCGCCUCCCCGUGGUCCCGGAGCGCAGGGGUACCUCCCCGGAAACCCGCGCCCGCUGGAACCCAGAAUGCAACGGGGCCAAAACUCAUACAGACGCUGACAGGUGUGACGCAGUCAAGGAGACGGAACACGAUUUUAGGUGCUUUAUGGGAACAGAAAUGCUCUGCUUAGGUGAUCUGGUGAAGACUGCGGGCUUCCAGAUCACUACCUCGACUC